AUCCUCUCCUCUACACCGUGGUGGAGAUGGCGGGCGUCGCAGCCGCCUCGUUCUUCUCGAACGCGUGUCGUUUCGGUGGCUGCGGGCUGCACUUCGACUCCCUGGCCGAACUCAUCGCUCACAUCGAGGACAACCACAUCGCAUGACCAUGUCCCUGUGCACAAAGCAGCUCCAUGAAGACAUGGUGUGGAGGUGAAGGUUGGAGAAAGUGGAAGAACUGGAUUGUCCUGCGCAGAGCCUUGACUCUGACUCAACCCCACUGGAAUGAACUGGAACUGGAGCAUCCUCAACAUCCCAACAUCAGAGUCUGAUCUCACUAAUGUUCCUGUAGCUGAAAGAUCACUAAUCCCCACAGACACAAUCCAACAUCUAGUGGAGAACCUUCACAGAAGAGUGGAGCUAAUUAAACCAGCAGAGGGAAUGAACCAGGAAUUAGAAGUUCAGCAAGGUCGUACAGAUACAGAUCCUCGAGUUUUGGAGAAACAGGAGCUGCAGCAGCCCACCUAUGUUGCCCUAAGCUACAUUAACAGAUUCAUGACUGAAGCAGCACGCAGGGAGCAGGAGAACCAGAAGAAAAAGGUGCAGCCAAAACUGGCGCUUUCAGUCACUGGAAAUGUCUCCCGUAACAGCAUGUCCACACCCCCUCGCCAUAGCAACGGCAGUCUGACCCCACCUGUGACUCCGCCCAUCACACCUUCAUCUUCCUUCCGCAGCAGCACACCCACAGGCAGUGAGUGUGAUGAAGAGGAUGUAGAGUAUGAAGACUCGGACAGUGAUGAGUCGUGGACUACAGAGAGUGCUAUUAGUUCAGAAUCCAUCCUGAGCUCCAUGUGCAUGAACGGGGGAGACGAGAAGCCUUUCGCCUGUCCAGUGCCUGGCUGCAAGAAGAGAUACAAGAACGUGAACGGUAUAAAGUACCACGCUAAGAACGGACACAGGACACAGAUCAGAGUGAGGAAGCCCUUCAAGUGCCGCUGUGGGAAAAGCUACAAAACCUCUCAAGGGCUCAGACACCAUACCAUCAACUUUCACCCCCCACUGUGAUCUCACACACACACACACACAUUUCAGAACAUAUAUCACACACGUCCUGGCAGUUACUCACCUGCACACAAUAUGACAGAAGAUUCCAGCUGGUACCUUUUCUCUUCUCUUUUUUUUAAACAGGUCUGUAAGUGUGUACUGUUUUGCACAAACCGGUCAUAUCAUUCCUCUGUACAUGCAGUGAGAAUGGAUCUGACCCUAUGCUGGUUCUGGAUGACCGUUCACUGACAGGAUACAGGAUAUAUUCUGCUUAAAAGUCAACAUGUUUAUAUUUUUAUUUACACAUAUGUAUAUAAUAUCUAUUAAGAACUCUUUAGCAUGUGCAUGUCUUAGUAGUGUUACUUCAUAUGUUUUAAUGGAUUUUGACACACACACACACUAUUUUAAAUGAAAUCUGUAACAGUAUAAUGUGUAAAUUCGUAAGGGGUCUGAAUCUUUUGAAUCCUGUCAUAUUUAUCAUAAAUCAGAUUGAAUGGAUUCAGACAGCAUUGAAAGACCCCUUGCACACACACUAAGCCAUAAUGACAAAACAAAUGUUGCAAAUGUUUUUUUUUUGUUGCUGCUGUUGUUUUUUUUUGUGUUGUUGUUGUUUUUUGUUUGUUUAUUCAUCAGAAACCAAAAUCUCUCAUUUAGAUGCAUCAAACUUUAAUUCAGUACUGUGUAGAAGCACUUCAACAGCAGGUCCAGCUCUGAGUCUUCUUGGCUCUUCUUGGACUCUACAUAUCUCAAGAGUUCCACGCCUGCAUUUGAGUCAUUUGUCCAGUUCUUCCUGGCAGAUCCUCUGAAGUUCAAUCUGAUCCGAUGUGGAGCAUCUGCUUCUUCAUCUCUCUUCACAGAUGUUCUCUGGGGUUCAGGUCUGAGCUAUCCCUUUACCACUCAAGGACCUUCAGAGACUUGUCCUAAAGCCACUGCAGAGUUGCUGUAGGGUUGAUGGUUGUUCUUCCAGCAGGUUCUCUCAUCUCUGUGGAAGACUUCUGAAGCUCUGUUAGAGUGGACACUGGGUUCUUGGUCAUCUCCCUGACCAUGGCCCUUCUGGCCCGGUUACUGAGUUUAGCCAGAUGUCCAGCAUUAGGCAGAUGACCUGAUGACUCCAUCAUUGUGAAAUGGAAGAGGUUUGAAGCUCACUGAGGAACAUUCAAAGCUUCAGAAAUGGUUUUAUUCUCUCACGCUGAUCUGUGUCUCGUAAAGGUCUACAAACAAUUCCUUACGCUUCAUGGCUUGGUUUUUGAUCUGACCUGCACUGUGAAUUGUUCGAUCUGAUACACACAGGUAUGUGCCUUCCUACAACAUUGGCCACAGGUAAGAUAAUCAUAGCCAACAGGACACAGCUGAGCUCAGCCUGGAGUCCCUUUAGCACACGGUCUGAGUACGCAGCUAAAUGAGAGAUUUCAGUUUUUUUUUUUUUUUUGAAAGAAUUUGCAAACAUGGUUUCCAUUGGCCAUUCUGGAUCAUUCUGUAUAGAUCAGUGCCCCCAAAAAUCAUCCACAUUAAUUUGAAUCUGUAACACUGCAGUAGUCACUGCUCAGUGAAAGAGCUACACCUCACAUUGCAGAACGAUCUGCAAAAAAUCCAUAAAUACAGAGAGAGAGCUUCAGUUACUGUUCACAUCAAACAUCAGAACAGGGGAAAUCUUUCAGUGGCUUUGAUCUGAUGAGCAGGUUUGUGUCAGUUCUGUGGGCAAAAACGGCUUGAUGAUGAGAUCAGAGGAGAAGCUCUACAGGAAGGCUAGGUGACUUAGAUUACCACUCUGUACAUCAAACCUUGAGGUAGAUGCCUACAACAGCAAAAGACCACAUCACAUUCCUCUCCUGUCUGUCAAGAACAGAAACCGGACAGCUGGAGAUUGGACAAAGAUCACAGCAGUCGAGUCACAGUCACACAGAUCCCAUUUUCCCCAUUCUGAUGUUUGUGGUGAACAUCACCUGGAGCUCCUCACCUGUAUCCUGACUGGAUAAAUACCUGAGGAGCAGGGGUACAGGUGAAUCCACUGGGCUUGUGUGAGAUUGAUGUUGAUUUGACAAAAACAAUCAAGAGAAAUGAUUUAACUGUCCAGAACCAAGAAGCUUGAUGAAGCCAAGUAAAGACAGGAAACAAGGCAUUUCCACCGUUUCAGAAUAAAGGAGAAUAGCAGCAGGUGGAAGGCGGGAAUAGAGUUAAAUCAAUUAUUAUUCAGUUCAAUUCUGAUUUAUUUAUAUCAUGCUUUCAACAGCUUUCUUCUGCUGGGUUCAGGGAGAUUCUAUAUACGAGGCAGAGUCAAAUGAAAAACCACACUUUUUAUUGCAUUGGUGCUUGCUCACACGUGUCUGAAAAGUGUAUGAAUUUCCUAUGUAAUCUCCAUUUUGUUUAAAGCAGGUGUUCUCCUGCAUCAUAAGGUUCCUCUGAUAACUGUGUGUGUGCAGAAACUAAAGCGAAGUUUUCAUUUAUCUCGCCUCUGUAACUGGAUUGUACCAUGAGAACAGAUCAGAAACAACAGAAAUCUCAAGUAAAUACACCUGCAUUCCAACCGCACAAACCGCAGGUCUAAUCUAAUCCGAUUGCAGGAGUAUCACAGCAGUAUUAUUUUGUGUAGAGAUCUCGGUUGUGGCUUUAUGUUUGUUUAUUUUUUAUGUUUCUCAUGACUUCAUUUUCCUCCAUGUUGGAGAAAGGUUUCAUUAGAAAGACAUUAAUCUCAGGUCCCAACACUGCCACUGCCAACACCACCAUGUGAUCCCCAGUGAUGAACAGUGAGAGACAGGGACGACUCCACCCAGGGCUCCAUCCGCAUGUUCUCUAGUGAAACAUCUGGAGAGUAAGGGGAUGAUUAAGUGACUUCAUGUCACUGGUUUUGUCUUGUGUUUUAAGUAAGUGUGAGUUGUUGUGUGUGUGAGAGAGAGAGUAAGCAGUGGAUUGGUGGAGUAACCCAGCUGAACAGACCUGAUUCUAGUGUGUAAUGCACUCUGCACUGUUGAGUGGACAUGUAGCUGUCACUUCUUCAUAGCUUUGUUGUGUUGUGGUUGAAUCCUGCUGCUUGUUUGUGUCAUGGGGUGAAGAGUGUAUUCCUGCCUCACUGCUCUGCAGGACCUCUUCUAGUGUUUCUCUGAAGUAUUAUGCUGAUAUGUUGCUGCCUCUUGUUAUAAGCUACGAUGCCAUGAAGAUAGAUAUUCCCCCAGAGCAGUUAACCUGCCCCAUUUCACAUGUACUGUAUGAUUUAUAGUGUAAGCAGUGCAUUUGACUUGCUGAUUGUCAACCUAAAGGGUGUUGAGUGCCAUCUUCUACAGCAAAGAACGACUGACAUGGCUGAACUAAGGCCCUGCCUCAACUCCAAUCUCACUGAAGUCACUGAGAGUGUGAUGUAGAGUAAAGCCUUCAGUAGAGAAGCAUCUCCUGGUGCUGCAGUCCAGUAUUGUUUUUUUUCUUGAUGUCCCAUCAGCACCUGCUGCACAAAGCUGAGGUAGAACCUGAACCCUGGAGUCAACCACACUGUCGACUUCAAGAAUAGAACCCAACCUCAAGGCACCGAGUUUGGAAAAGAAAAAUGUUACGAAUGUGCAAUAACCGUCUUCAAAAACAUCAGCACCCAUGCCACCUUCACGCUGCCUCUCCAUCACCCUGCUGGCACACUAACUGGUUACCUAGCCAGCUUCACUCUGCUUGCACUACAAAGAAAGUCACCAGUACAAUCCAUUACUGACUGAAACACACACACACACACACGUCACAGCCAGGGCAAGGUGGUGUACACAGUACAGGAAUGUGUGAACAUGUACCAUAACGGAUCUGUGUGAGGGAACUGCCUCACGCUGCUGCUCUGGCGUGUCAGCCAUCACCUGCUGGAUGCACAGUGAACGUUACUCUCAAUAAACCGUUUAUACAUGCGUCUGAUUCCUGCAGCAGUAUUUAAAUCGUAGUGUUUUUUUAAACUCUACACAAUGUGUGUCUAGUCAUGGACCACAUUUCAGGUCAUGUGAGUUGUUAUUGUAAUGAUCGUUGUAUGAGCUGAUGGACUGUCUAGAUGCCAAAAAACCCACAGAGGAUAAGCAGUGUGUGUGUGUGUGUGUGACAGUACAGUGACCAGUGCCAAUUUUAAUACUUGAACAGAUGUAGUUCUGAUUUCCUGUCGACAUGGUGUCACUUUUGGUGUGUGUAGAAGCUUUUUUCCACUUUCGAGCCACACUUUGUGUACGUGGGAAUCACUCGUACAUAUCAUUUUGUAGAGCAGCACCUUCACAGAGAGGAUCCGUGUCUCAGUAACUUUAUACUUUGUACGUUUGGACUUCGGCUGCCUCUACAGCACAGCCUACAGUGCGAGAGGUGGUCUGAUGUCCUGUAUAGUGAAUGUAUUGUAACCUCUUUGUAAAGUAGUUUUGAAGUUCUAUUUUCAUACUACGUUUUGUGAUAUAUUUUUUCUGUGGCCAAAUUUGUAUUACUGGUUCUUGUGAAUAUGAAAGAUUUGUUCAGGUGUCUUUAUUUUAAAAGCUGUUUAUGAUAUUUUGAAAAGGUGCAAAAAAAUAAAGACAAAAAGUGAAUGAA